GGCUGGAUAGAGGGAGAGAAAGUAAGAAGUGAGCAUGUGAGAGAUGCAGAGUGUAAUAAUAAAGAUAAAAUGAGAGCGACAAAGAGAAGGUGAGGGCAGGAGAGAAAAAUAGAAAAAAAAGCCAGGAGUAGAAAAAGAGAGAGCAAGAGCGGGGUGGAACACGGAGAAGAGCAAAUGAGUGAGCGAAUCGGAGACUGAGACGGAGAGAAGAGAGAGAGAGAGAGAGAGGGAGAGAGUGAGAGAGAGAGAGAGAGAGAGAGCAAGCGAGAGGGAGGGAGGCGAACAACACUGCAGACACUCGCCCACUGUCACUGCUCCACAGCCAGAGGACAGAGGCAGCAACGGCAACAGUGGAAGCGGAAACGAUGGAGGAGGAAGACUGUACCAUCCAUCUGCAGCUCAGCCCCCGACACUGACGGCCUCCCUCUGGGACCAUCCUGCCAAGUUGGGAGCAAAAGGGAAAAAAAAAAGGAGAAAACUACUCUCUCUCUCUCUGUCUUUCUCUCUCUCUCUGUCCUUCACAAGACCAAGUACUGGACCUCAACUCCUGCAGGACUGAUAACACACACUGCACACACUCCUCAAUUUUUCUCCCUCUCUUACAAUCCCACACACUUACUCACACCUCCACUCACAGCACACUUCACUUCUCGUUGCCUUUUGGACUAGUGUGUUUUUUUUUUUUUUGUUGUUGUUGUAAUUUUUUUUUGCUUCACUGCCUCCGCUGACCUUCUGAGCUGAGUGGAUUUACUUUUAUCCUGUGGCGGACCAUGGGGCUGGGGUGGAGGGGUGCAGCAGGGACCCUCCGAAAAAGGACAGAGGGGAGCUGGUACCUUUUGGUGACAUUGCUGCUGUUCUGUGGUUUCUGGAAGGCUCACGCGCAGACAGACGAUUGGAAGUCUGUCUACUUCUGGGAAACAGGUCCAUGGGGAAGGUGCAUGGGCAGUGACUGUGGCCCGGGUGGCAGCCAAAGCCGGGCCGUGUGGUGUGCCCAUGUGGAAGGCUGGACGACGCUUCACACCAACUGUGACCAGGGCCAGCGUCCGUCCAACCAGAGAAACUGUUUCCGUGUGUGUGACUGGCACAAGGACCUUUAUGACUGGAAACUGGGUGCCUGGAACGAGUGCGUGCCAGUGUCGGCAAGGACCUUUGGGGCCUCGCGGCCGUUCACAUGCAGUGGAGGCGAAGAGGGCAUUCAGACCCGGGAGGUGGGCUGCAUACUGAAGUCAGACGGCUCUCCAGCAGAUGAUGCCAUCUGUGAGUACUUUGAGCCCAAGCCUCGCCUGGAACAGGCAUGUUUGAUCCCUUGCCCCCAGGAUUGUGUGGUUUCCGAGUAUUCACCAUGGACAUCCUGUUCCAAAACGUGCGGAACAGGCCUCAGGAACAGGGUCCGCAGCGUCCUGGUUCCUCCACUUUUUGGAGGCGCCGUCUGCCCCAACCUAACUGAGUUCCAGUCCUGUAAACCGGGGCCUUGCACAGGUCCAGAGGGCAUGUACAGUCUCAGGGUUGGACCGUGGAGCCCUUGCGCUCUCCCGCAGACACGGACAGCACGUCAAGCCAAGCGCAGGAAAGGUAAAGGCCAGGGGCUCAGGGAUCGAGCAGGAGUCAAAGAUCCCGAGACUAGGGAGCUUAUACAGAAGAAACGAACCAGGAACCGCCUUAACCGGCAAGAGAGCCCCUUCUGGGACAUUCAGGUGGGCUACCAGACUCGGGAUGUGACCUGCAUACAUAGGAAUGGGAGCGCUGUGGGACGCAACCUCUGCACACUCAGGGACCUGCCUCUGACCGUCCAGUCCUGCGUCCUCCCCAAGGACUGCCAGGUGACCGACUGGGCCGAGUGGGGCCCUUGCUCCAAAACCUGCGUGGACCCCGAGUCUCCCAGAGGAAAUCGCACUCGGAGCAGACAGGUACUCCAGUUUCCUGUGGGCGAGGGGGCGGAUUGCGCGCCGCUGGAGGAGUCGGAGCCUUGUGAACCUCAGGGGGACGGUGUGCCACCCUGCGCCACUUACACCUGGAGAACCACGGAGUGGAGCGACUGCCGGGUUGACUUGUUGCUAAGCCAACAGGACCGUCGACGUAGCAACCUGACGGGGCUUUGUGGAGGAGGCCUGCAGACCAGAGAAGUUUACUGUGUCCAGGCCAAUGCGGAGCUUCUGAAAUACCUCAACAGCCUCCGAGAAAAAGACAAAGCCUCCCGCCCGGUGGAGAACAGGCUGUGCGAGGGGCCGAUCCCAAACAGGUCUCAGCUGUGCCACAUCCCCUGUCCCAUCGACUGUGAGGUGUCGCCUUGGGGUGCCUGGGGGCCCUGCACCUUUGAAAACUGCAAUGAUCAGGCUGGAAAGAAAGGUUUUAAACUGAGGAAGCGGCAAAUCACCAACGAGCCAACGGGAGGGCCUGGAAACUGUCCGCACCUGGUGGAGGCGGUGCCGUGUGACGAGCCCAGUUGUUACGACUGGCAGCUGGUCGGCCUGGAUCAGUGUGUUCCUGAAGACGAGAAGCCGUGUGGGCCCGGCAGUCAGCUCGCACAGGUCCAGUGUGUCAACAGCAACGGAGGGGUGGUGGACAGAAACCUCUGCUCGUCCUCCCCGCCUCCGGAGCCCGUGCAGUGUGAGGUGCCUUGCUCAAGAGACUGUGUGCUCAGCGACUGGACCCCUUGGUCCACGUGCUCUCAGACCUGCUCCAGUAAGACCAUCGAGGGGAAGCAGAUGAGGACCCGCUCCAUUCUGGCUUACAACGCCGGGGAAGGCGGCGCUCUGUGCCCCAACAGCAGCGCCCUUCAGGAGGUGCGGAACUGUAACGAACACGCCUGCACGGUUUACCACUGGCAGACCGGACCAUGGGGCCCCUGUACCGAAGACCCCUCUUCUUCGUCCCUCAACUCCUCCAGCAGCAACGGUCAGGGCCCCUGCUCCAUGGGAAUGCAGACUCGCAAAGUCAUCUGCGUGCGGGUCAACGUGGGACAGGUGCCUCCUAAGAAGUGUCCAGACGGCCCUCGCCCCAGCACCGUGCGACCGUGUCAGCUGCCCUGCAAGAAGGAUUGUAUCGUGACCCCAUUCAGCGACUGGACACCCUGUCCCGUUACCUGCGACGCAGCUGGAAACGCUGUGAAGAGAAAGCAAUCAAGGAAGCGUCUUAUCAUCCAGCUGCCAUCCAACGGAGGACAGGAGUGUCCAGAGGUGCUGGAGGAGGAGAGGGACUGCGAGGUGCCCAGCGUCUGUCCGGGUUUCAGGUGGAAAACCCACAAAUGGAGAAAGUGCCAGCUGGUCCCGUGGUUUCUCAGACAGGACAAUCCCAGCGCUCAGGAGACCUGUGGACAAGGACUUCAGACAAGAGCUGUGUCCUGUCGCCAGCUGGACGGGACGCAGGCCGACAUCAGCGAGUGUCUGAAAUUCGCCAAGGCCAUGCCCGCCAUCACUCAGCGCUGUCAGCUCCCCUGCCAGGAUGACUGCCAGCUGACCAACUGGUCCAAGUUCUCGUCCUGCACAGCUGACUGCGUGGGGGUCCGCACCAGAAAGAGAGCAUUGAUAGGGAGGAGCAAGAAGAAAGACAAGUGCAAGAACACGCAAAUGUAUCCUCUGAGUGAGACCCAGUACUGUCCCUGCGACAAGUACAACGCCCAGCCGGUGGGGAACUGGUCGGACUGCAUCCUUCCUGAGGGAGGCAGAGUGGAGAGCAUCCUGGGAAUGAAGGUCCAGGGAGACAUCAAGGAGUGCGGGCAGGGCUACCGCUAUCAGGCCAUGGUGUGCUACGACCAGGACAACAGGCUGGUGGAGACCUCACGCUGCAACAGUCACGGUUAUAUUGAGGAGGCGUGCAUCAUCCCCUGUCCUUCAGACUGUAAACUUAGCGAAUGGUCCAACUGGUCGCGCUGCAGCAAGUCCUGCGGCAGCGGGGUCAAAGUUCGCUCCAAGUGGCUCAGAGAGAAGCCGUACAACGGCGGCCGGCCGUGUCCCAAACUGGACCACAUCAACCAGGCCCAGGUGUAUGAGGUGGUGCCGUGUCAGAGCGACUGCAAUCAGUACGUUUGGGUGGCUGAGCCGUGGAGUGUGUGGAAAGUCAGCAACGUGGACUUAAAGGAGAACUGCGGCGAAGGCGUCCAGACCAGAAAAGUCAGGUGCAUGCUGAACACCAUCGACGGCCCGUCGGAGCCCGUGGAGGAUUACCUAUGUGACCCGGAGGAGAUGCCCCUGGGGGCCAGGGAGAGCCGUCUGCCCUGCCCCGAGGACUGCGUUCUCAACGACUGGGGGCCCUGGAGCCGCUGCAGCCUGCCCUGUACCAGAACCAACAAUCGACUGCGGACGGCGCUCACCCUCCGGUCGCCCAGUGUGGGGAGGCAGUGUCCGGACACGACUGAUCCGGAGCCGUGCAGCCUGAACCUCAACUGUUUCAACUACUUCUACAACAUCACAGACUGGAGCACAUGUCAGCUCAGUCCUAACGCCGUGUGUGGGAGCGGCAUCAAGACCCGGAUGCUGGACUGUGUUCGCAGCGACGGCAAAUCGGUGGAUAUAAAAUUCUGCGAGGAGCUGAAUCUGGAGAAGAAGUGGCAGAUGAUCAUCUCCUGCGUGGUCGAGUGUCCCGUCAACUGUCAGCUGUCAGACUGGUCGGCCUGGUCAGACUGUUCACAGACCUGCGGACUGGAGGGUAAGAUGUGGCGGCGGCGGUCGGUGGUCCAGGCGUCUCAGGGCGACGGCCGGCCCUGCCCCUCGCAGAUGGAGCAGUGGAAGCCCUGCCCCGUCCGACCCUGCUACCGCUGGCAGUACAGCCCCUGGUCCGAGUGUCGGGUGGAGAAUGUGGUGUGUGGUCACGGCAUGCGCUACAGAAACCUGUCCUGCCUCGUGUCAGACGGCUCCAGCUACGGCGACGGCAGCCUGGUGGACGAGGAGCUGUGCAGCAGCCUGGAGCUCGCCGUCGACGGAGACAAGCAGAUCAGACUGAAAGAAGCCUGUACCCUUCCCUGUCCAGGUGAAUGUUACCUGAUGGAGUGGUCAGACUGGAGCUCAUGUGUGAGCAUCUGCGUCAAAGGGGCAGGCGUAGACUUCGGCUCGGUUCAGGUUCGAUCGCGAGCUGUGUUGGCCCAGGAGCCUGAAAACCUGCAGCUCUGUCCGGACCAGGCGUGGGAGUCUCAGCCCUGCACAGGGGGCGAAUGUUACGAGUACAAAUGGUUCAGCAGCGCUCGUCCGAACUCCACCCGCCCUUUUAUGUGGUGUCAGCGCUCAGAUGGACUCAAUGUCACCGGAGGUUGUCCUGCCAUGAACCCUCCAAUGGACAACAGCUCCUGUGACCCUCCCUGUCUCAUGCCAAAGUCUUUCUGCAGCGAGGCUGGUAUUUGCAUGUGCGAGGACGGCUUCACAGAGGUGCUGUCGCCUACUGGGCAGCUGGACCAGUGCGCCCCCAUCCCAGUCCUGGAGAUCCCCACGGCGGGGGACAAGAAGGGCGAUGUGAAGACCAGUCGUGCCAUUAACCCCACCCAGCCCAGCACCAUCCAGCCCGGACGCAGCGGACGGACCUGGUACCUGCAGCCCUACGGACCAGAUGGGAAGCUGAAGAUGUGGGUGUAUGGUGUAGCAGCCGGAGCCUUUGUGCUCCUCAUAUUCAUAGUGUCUAUGAUAUACCUAGCUUGCAAAAAGCCAAAGAGACCUCAGAGACAGAGGCAACAAAACAACCGACUAAAACCUCUGACUCUCGCCUACGACGGGGACACGGACAUGUAGUCCUCCAGAAGACGCUUCACCGGUCAUAGAAACCCACUUCAUCACGCCAUAACAGUGAAGGACAUGGAUGUUUGCAUCGUGAAUGGACACGUCACAGAGCGGAGAAAUUACAGAAAAUCCUCUUAGCAGAGACACUAGCGAGGUUUAACUAUUUCAAGUAGAGAUCCAUUCAGCCCCCUUUUGUUUUUUUUAAAUAUUUUCUUUUGCCAGAGCCUUCGUGACCUCCACCGUGUUCAAUGAAAUGCCUUUUUUUUUUUUUGCCCCCUACACAUCCACAUCUGUUUAAUCAAAGGACUUGUUUGAGACGCAGGAGAGGCUGGGUGCAGAAGACAGACCCAGCUCUCUCCUGCUGUCUCUGAAUAUGGCAGCACAAGCUCCAACUCUUCCCCCACGCUUUUCUGCUUGUCCCUAAAAAUGCUGAGUAGCUGGAGGCUUAGGAUGCUCUGACGGCUCGUACGUUGCCAAAAGUCACCGCAGGGAAGAGGAGGAGGGAGAGGAAAAUCUCCAUAAAAAGGUUUGGAUUCCUUUUUCUCAAUCCUCAACUGGGUUUUGACUCAAAUCUCUUUUACAGUCUUGAACAAAAGGGAGGCAUUUCUUCUCUUCUUUCUUUUUUUUUUUUUCUUUUGCUUGAUUCAGAGGCACACAGGCCUGAGUUUGUGGGAUAAACUGAUCUGUACGAUGCUGAUGGAGGAGUAGCCUGCAAUCAGUUGUUCAUGAAAACUACUGCCUGCCUGCCUGCCUCCACCCUUGCUUUGUUUCAGGCACUACAUUGCACUAUAUUAGUGCAGCAUGAUAUGCACAUGUGACUUCUACCUUCUAUUGCCAUAAAACACUGCCUCUUCCACAGACGAAACCAUAGAGCGGAGGAACAGCUAAGGUCAACACGAGAACAUUCGAAGGAGAAACGACGGCAACAGGAAAAGAUGUUUAAAUGUCUCACAUUCUACAAAACAAGUGUGAAUCUCAAGUAAAUAUAUGUAUAGAUUUUAUUUCUCACAACUGAUCUUUUGGUUGUAGUAAAGUACCUUUUGUGGUUUGUAGAUUUCGUCUGGUGUUAUCACUGUAUUUCUGCCCAGAUGCAAUUAUGCGAUUUAAACUACGAUAUCAGCGGGUGACUUCUUUUAAUGAAUCGCCUGCUUUAAAGUUCUUUUUAACCAUAAAAAAAAAAAAAAUCUGAUUCAAUUCAAAUUAUUUAACCUUUUUUUUAUCCACAGACGUCCAUUGUGGAAAAGCUGAAAUUUUGCAGUGAUUAAAGAAAAAGAAAGAUCAAUAAAUUUAAACCAUUCACGUCAUGCAAAUGUCAUUUCUGCCUUACUGACAAUAACUAAAUACUAACAGUCCUGUAAUACAGUUUGUAAUACUUGAAUGGGGCAUACAUUAUACACUGUAGCUCAUUAUACACUGCAGUACAUAUAGACAUAAAGAGAGACUAAAUUUGUUUUAAGAUUUUUCAUGUAGUAACCGUAUCAUAGCUCCUCUGUUUUGCAGCCAUAAUACAUGAGGUGAAAUAUAAUUAAAAAAAAUAUCUGUACAAACAAAAAGUAUACAACAUGUUAAUAAUAAGAGAACACGCUUCUGCUGAGUUCAAUGUAAAAGCAAAACUGGUGUGGAGAAUGUUUACUUUUUUUGUUGUGGGAUUUGUAAAUAACAGCGAUUUUUUUAUUUUUUUGGGAAAAAAAAUUCAAAGUAUGUGUACAUUUAUUUUGUAUUGCACAAAAAAUGUUUAGUUUGACUAUUGCAAAGUGGGUGUAUGAUAUUGCUGAUUGUUGUUAUCAUGAUGCAAGUUGUAUGUUGUGAACAAAAAAGGAAAGAGAAAAGAAGCAGAAAAAGACGAAGGCUCAGCCGUUUUGUACAGGUUGUUUAUAUGUAUGGGAAGAAUUACUGAAAAUAAACGAGGACACGGUUGUAAACACACAACGGUAAAGUUA